AUGGGGUUUGACGAACUGGCUCGAUCGCCUGUUGCGCCUGCUGGUUGCGAUGACGGUAGCAGUGGCAGCCUGCGGGGGGAGGUACCAUCUAGUGUCGGCUCAACUGGUGCACGAGUCGCAACGGACCUCAGCAACGGGAAUCUGGAAGGGUCGCUUCCGUCCGCGCUCUUCACGCUCACGUCGCUUCAACAACUAAAGCUCAACGAAAACUCGUUAGAGGGCUCUCUGCUCGAUGCUAUAGGGAACCUGACCCAACUAACCCUGCUGUCUCUGGGCAGAAACGAGCUGUCAGGACCCAUUCCCGCCCCGCUCUCCAACCUCCAAGCCCUCAAGUACCUGCUAUCCCUGCCUGCUCGCUUCCUUGCAUCCCCUGACUCAAACUCGCACACCCGCCUAACUCUUGUCCCUUUGCCUUGCACCAGCAGCCAUCAAUCUUUCCCAGCGACCGCUGGCAGGCACUCCUUCCUUCCGUCACAGCUGCUCCACUUGCACUACCUUCCUUCCCUCACAGGCACUCCUUCCUUCCCCACAGGCACUCCUUCCUUCCCUCACAGGCACUCCUUCCUUCCCUCACAGGCACUCCUUCCUUCCCUCACAGGCACUCCUUCCUUCCCUCACAGGCACUCCUUCCUUCCCUCACAGGCACUCCCUCCUUCCCGCACAGCUGCUCCACCAACACUGCCUCCCCGCCCCGCUCACACAGCACGGCUCUCCAUCCGUCUGUGCAUCUCCCCCACUUCCAGGGACUUGAGCAUGAAUCGCCUUUCGGGCGACCUGCCGCCAUCACUUUUCAACCUGCCCACUCUUGUCUACUUGGACAUAUCCAAUAACGAGUUCGCUGGUCCCCUCCCUUCGGGUUUCGCUUCCCCCUCCCUCGCCUCUCACCCUCUCGCCACUUUCAACGUCGAAAAAAACUUCUUCACAGGGUCUGCCCGUGCCGAAAUCUCGGCUGGAAAGCUUUCCUUCUGCCCGGAGGACCAGCAGGGAGGGUUCGCAGCAGCGAAUCUGCUCCCUUAUAGCCCGUCUCAGUACGGUUCAGUGCGAGGAAACUGCCUCAACCCGAGAGGAGGGGGGGGGUGCGAGGGGGACGGGAGGCAGCGGAAGCAGGGGGGGUGUUUGGCGUUUUGUGGGCGCCACCGGCCGGGGUUGAGGGACCGGGACUUCAAGGCCGUGCUAGAAACACCCUUUCUCCUCGUAUCGCUUCCCCCCUCCCCCUCAGACGACCCACAGAAGCAGCGCCACCGGCCGGGGUUGAGAGACCGGGACUUCAAGGCCGUGCCGGCAACCACCCCCUCGCGCUUUAACCGCUUCUUCCGCCACGUCAGCCUGGGGUUCAACGGCACUGCUGCCCAACCCUCUUGGGCAUGCAGAGAGGCGGUAGACUGGCGCGGGCUGGUGCUAGUACGAGGGAGGAAUGUGACGGUGGUUCCUCCGGUGAAAGACCAAGGCUUGUGCGUGGUGAGUGAAAGAGGGGAGGUGAGUGGUGAAGGAGGGGAGGUGGGCGAUGAAGGAGGGGAGGUGAGUGCUGCCUGCUGGGCUCUGGUGCCGGUAGCAGCAAUAGAGGCAGCCUAUGCAAUAGCAUACGGCGCCAACCAUCCCAACCUGUCCAGUCAACAAGUGCUGAGCUGUCAGGGCACGUGGCAGUGCACAGGUGGCAUCCCGGCGGACGCGUUCCAGUUUGUGGCUGCUGUGGGAGGGGUAUCGCCGGAGAAAGCAGUGCCGUAUUCGGGAGUGGUGAACGCGAGUGACUGCAAGCUUCUCCCAGCAAGUUCGAAGCCUGCAGCUGCUGCCAAGCGCAACUCACGUGAGUCCAAACCACAACCUGCAGCUGUCAAGCCUACCACCAAACCUCCCACCAAGGCUCUAUCCGCACCUCCCACCGGGCCAGCUUCCGGGCCAUGGAAGCUGCAGAGUAAGAAGGCUGCAGCGCAAGCCACCAAGCCUGCUGCCGGACCUCCUGCCAGGCCUGCCAAAUCACGAACGAGGGGAGUGCGGUCACCUUCCAAACCUGUUGCUGCUGGCAGAGGCCGGCAGGCUAUGGUUCGGGCGGCAGCUGCGCGUGCGGUGCCCACAUCAGCAUCCAUGUCAGCAUCCACGUCAGCAGGCCGAACGCCAGCAGCCUCAACUCCAAUUACGAAGAAUGAAGACGACGACGACAAGCACACGCACUUCUCCCCCUCCCUCUCCUCCCUCUUCUCCCAACUCUUCCACCGGCUCCGAAGACCAACCCAGCCGCCCAAGCUGCCCCCCACCACCUCGGUUCCCCCGUCCUCCUCCCCUCCUCCCCCUGCCUUUCCACCUCAACCGCCCGGCAUCCACCCCCUCUCUGGCCGCUUCUCCAUCUCCAUGUUCGAACAGGUGUCGAUCCCCGGUUGGCUGGGAAUGGUGCUGGCGCUGCAGGCGCAGCCAAUCAUUGCCAACGUGGAGGCGGAUCAACUCUCCUUUAUCAACUACCAGGGGGGCUUCGUUUACGCGGAUCCAGAUUGCUUCGCGAAUGGAGUGGUGAAUCACAUAGUGCUGCUGGUGGGGUACAGCACGGUGGGAGUGACGCCCUACUUUAUCCUCCAAAACACCUGGGGAUCCACCUGGGGCGAGGACGGCUUCAUGCAGAUGGCCAUCGAAGCAGGCAACGGCAUCUGCGGCAUCAACACCACUCCUGCCUUAUACCCAGUGGUGGCAGGCUCGCACCCGUGUCAACCCAUCAACCCGUGUGGCAGCGGCAAGUGCAGCAACCGCGCGGGGAAGAGCAAGUGCACGUGUGCGCCUGGGUUCACCACUGCCAAGAAUAUUGAUGGGUCCGAGACAUGCAUUCCGGUCCACGUGUGCGCCAUGUCAGCAGCCAACCCAUGCCAGGUGGGCACGUGUCUCGAUGACGGGGCGGGCGGCUACAAUUGUCUGUGUCCACCAGGGUUUGUGGCCGAUGAGCGACCCAAUGAAACCCCAGUCUGCGUGCCAGGUGUCACUCCCUCAGAGGUCCACGUGGUGCCAGGGCUGACAUGUGACACUGUGCGGUCGACAUUUGGCAUGUCAGAGGCCAAUUUCACUCUGCUCAAUCCGAAGCUCAACUGCUCCAGCCUUGCAAUUGGAGACGAUAUUUAUGUCAGCGAUGGCACCCUGUGCGCCACUCCCUAUACUGUCACCGCUGAUGACACGUGUGAGAGCAUUGCAGCAGCAUUCAGCAUGACUCGCUCGGAAUUCCUCAAGCUGAACGACGACCUGCCGUGUGGACGGCUAAAGGCGGGGCAACAGGUGUGCAUGGCGCAUGGCACUCCAGAUAUGCCAGCGUGCCAGGAGUUUGUGACUGUAGCGGAGGGCGACAGCUGCGACACUAUAAUGAGGGCUGCACGCCCCCCUCUGAGCGCACAGGAGUUCUACACAUUGAACCCAGGGAUCAACUGCAACGUGGGCGAACAGAUGCUGCUAGGCCAACAG